AUGAUGGAGUUGAAUUCAGGAUCACAUUACAUACCCAAAAGCAACUCAAAAAACCCUCAAGGGGAAGAUGCCCAUUUUAUAUCUGACAACACGGUUGGUGUAGCAGACGGCGUUGGUGGUUGGGCCAGCCAAGGGAUCGAUUCAGGGGAAUAUUCUCGCCAACUUAUGUCGAACUCAUUGAUCUCAAUUAUGGAACAGGUUCAUUUUAUCGCUGAUCCAAUGCGAGUUUUAAGAGAUGCAUUCAUAAAUACAAACGCCCAAGGAUCAUCCACCGCUUGCAUUCUUAAACUCACCAAUGACAAGUCACCAACACAACAGCAUGCUUUCAACUAUCCGUAUCAACUUGGUUGUGGUAUGUAUUCUGAUAGACCCAGUUCAGCCGACAUACUGGAAUUCAAAGAAGUUAUGUCCGGAGAUGUGAUUGUAACGGGAACAGAUGGUUUAUUUGAUAACUUAUUCACAAGUGAGAUCGAGAAAAUAAUUUUGGGUGCAGAAGAGGAAGCAACAUCUAGAGGAGGAAAGAUAGAUCCAAAGAAAGUUGCUCAAACAUUAGCAGAGUUUGCCUUGAAGAAGUCUCUAAACCCCGACAAUCCAACUCCAUUCGCAGAAGCGCAGAAGGAAAAUUACAGUUUGAGUAAGGGUACAGGAGGCAAGGCUGAUGAUAUCACCGUCAUUGUUUCAUAUGUUAGUUAG